AUGGGUCGGAAGGUCAAGAGCAAGGCCUCCCAAGCGUGUGAAACAUGCCGCUCGCUUAAAGUCCGCUGUCUCCCCAGCUCCCAACCUGACACGUGUCUAAAGUGUGCGAACUCCAAAAGAACUUGCGUAUUUCUGGAGCGACAACCGCGGCAACCGCAGCAACAAAAACAAAAGCACAGCUCAAAGGCCCGAAUUCGUGCGCUGGAGUCGAAGGUCGAUAGCCUGGUUGCUUUCGCUAGCCAGACUCAACUGACCCACGGGCAAGGGCCUUCGCAGCGCGAGGUGGAGUUUUUGGAAAAUGGCUUGUCUACCUAUAGUUCGUCUUCUGGCCAUGGGGUACAAGAUUCCACGCCCAGUAGCAGCCAUGAUAACAGCACAAAUUUAAACCCGCUCGAUUGGCCUCCCUAUAAGUGGGAUGGCUAUCCUAAAAUCAGUGGCGUAUCGUGCCCUGAGCUACUGCUUGAAUGUGGUCUGUCUCUUGAUGCUGCUGAUGGAUUCCUCAGUCGGUUUCGCACCAUGACCUCAUAUUUUCCAUUUUUCAUGGUUCCCAGUCACGCCACUGUGUUGACAAUGUGUAAAGAACGACCUUUCGUUCUAGUGGCAGCAUUGGCGGCAGCGACCUCUUCAGACAAGAAAUUACAAAAGUCGCUUGGUGACAAAUUUAGAACCUGUGCUCUUCACGCCAUUAUGGUUCACAAUGAAAGGAGCCUAGAUCUCCUGAAUGGGAUUCUGGUGUAUUUGGCCUGGUAUCACUUUUAUUAUAUCCCCAAGAAAGAACAGUUCAACCAACUGCUUCAUAUCGCAAUUGGCAUGGUUGGUGACAUGGGUUUGAACCUGAGACCUGCCGAGGCAAUGAAUAGGAAGAUAGGACUUCGAUUGACACAUUAUCACAAAGUCUCUACACCUUCAGCGAACCACGAUGAAUUCUUUAGCCGAGAAGCCCGCCGAGCAUACUUGGGAUGCUUCUAUCUCUCGAGGACCAUCGGCUGGGUCACAAGGAAGCCAAAUAGUAUCCCAUUUCAAAGCUAUAUGCUUGAAUGUGCGAGAUCAUUGGGUCAAGAAUUGGAGUAUCCAACGGACGCAUUGCUUUUACCCCUCGUCCAGCUUCAAAACAUGGCCGAGGUGAAUCACCACAGUCUUUCAACUGUUGGUAACACUAUACGUGACCACAUGGAUGGCCUAGAUCUUGAAAUGAAAGUCCAAUCCUUCCAAGCCGAAUUUAAGCAGUGGGAGCACUCACUUCCUCUCGUAUGGCAGCAACCAAACGGGAUGAGCCUGGCUUGUGAGGUUGCUGUAAUGCAUGUCUACGAGAUGGAUCUUGUCAAUGUCUCCGCAACGAAAAUGCGACAAAAGGCGGAUUCUUUGAAAGAUCCAACAACCUCAUCUUUUACAUCUCGAAGUCAAUUGGAAGUGCUCUUUCUCUGUUUGAAAUCAGCGGGACAGCUUGCUCAAAAUUUCCUCUCCAUUCCAACAUCUGAAUACGGCAGUCUUUCUUACACAGAAUGGUCUGGCAUCACAUAUGCUAUCUUCAUCAUUUAUAGACUGACAGUGGGGAUUCCCCAGCUUCAUGACUGGGAUGUUCGAGUUGCGCGAACGACCGUUGACUUUGAUUGCGUUCUAGAUGCAUUCUGCAAUCGCUUCAAUAGUAUAUCACUUGGUGAUGACGCUAUAUUGGAGAAUGGAGACUUAUUCUCGAUCAUGGGCUCAAUAUUUGGAAACAUUAAGCAGAGCUAUGGCAGGCUCAAGCUGUUGCCGCAGAAGGAUAGUGCGGACGACACCAGUCCGGUCCAUGCCACUAGCUUUCUGCCCUCAACCUUCGGACACCCACACCAGCAUCCGUGCCCUACAUUUCAGACCUGA